GAGUUGUUUGGGUUCUUUACCACCAUUCGUCCUUGAACGAAGUACACGAUGCCAGGUUUCUUCAACAGAAAUGUCCCUAAAGCAAGCUGUCAACAUCCUGUUUUAAACCAGAUUUAGAAGGGGUUAAAUGUAUUUUCUGGUCAUUGGAGAGCAUAUAAGUGCUGAGGUCAAACCUUGGAAUGGGAUACCCAUGAAUCUGGGAGUUGUGUAGGUUCUUUACCAGCAAUUUGACCUUGAUCCCUAGUUACUUCAAUGGGAGUGUCCCUAAAGCAACAGAACUGUCAAUGUCCUGGUUUAUAACCGAUUUGCAAAGGGUUAAAUAUAUGAUUUGGUCAUUGGGGUGCAUAGAAGUGCUGAGGUCAGACUUUGGAAAGGGAGGCCCAUGAAUCUGAAUGUUGUCGUGUUCCCAUGCUUCCAUUUUGUCAUUGAACACUUUUCCCUUGGUUGUGUCAAGGUGAGAAGUGAACUGCUUGUUUCUUACAAGGUGAAUUAAGGGUACAUAUCUGGGUAUAGUAACCUAAAUGUGCUGGGUUUAAACACCAAAAAAGACUUUCUGAGAGCCAUUAAGUUCUUAAACACUUGACCCCAGGGUGUGCCAAAGGAAAUGUCUCUGUGAGAAGCAAAUUGUCUUUUUUAAACCACAUGUGGUAGGGAUACGUUUCUGGUUUGAUAAACUAAAUGCGCCGAGUAACCACAGAAAGCAUAAGCCUUGAGUUGCCUUACCUCCGUUUUGCCCUUGAAAGAGGCACCUGACGCCAGGUUGAGAACAGCAAGUCAUUUUAACUAAAACAUGCCUGCUAAAUGAGGUGUAACCGAAAAACCUUAUCUUGAUCAUCAUUAACAACCCUGAACAGAGACGUGGGCUGAACACAGACCAGUGCACUUAAAACCACACAGUAUCCGCUCAGUGGCACUUGGCCAGCAUUAAUAAAUGACUUUAGGGAACUUUUGUGACCUCAUAGACUUUAAUCAUUGUCGAAUCAUGUAAGCGAACAGAGAGCUCUGAAUUUAUUGUAAAGUCUUUGGUCUCACAGUGUAGGAUUUCAUCUGACAGUGGAUCAAUGCUUCUCUAGCACGCUCAUUUAACAUCAUGGCAUGACAAUCACUGUUGGGGCUCAGUCUUUAAAUGCUUACGUGGGAGUUAUUCUACGCAUUUCUCAAGAGGAUCAGACACCAUGAAGAAAGUCUACAGCCUGGUUAGUCUCACGAAAAACAGGGAAUCAAAAGAUGCUGUGUUGUCUCUUAACAUCAAACAAAUCCAGUAUCCUGAGCAGAUGCGAGAAUUCGACAGUCAUUUAACAAAGACGGGACGCCGCUCCCUGUCCCACUCUAUUUCUCAUUCCUCUAUGGACAGUAACAGCUCAGGGGGUUCAGAUGCAGAAAAUCUAGAAGAUGAGGUCUGUCCUGGAGACAUGCAACAGAUUAACUCUAAAGGGAACAGGGACUUCUGCAUCAAAAACAUCAAACUGGCAGACUUUGGUCGUCGAGAGAUAGAACUUGCAGAGGAUGAGAUGACUGCACUGAUGGCCUUGAGAAAAGCUGCCCAGGGUGAGAAACCAUUGGCAGCAGCAAAAAUAGUGGGAUGCACCCACGUCACGGCCCAGACAGCUGUGCUGUUUGAGACUCUAAAGGUGUUGGGGGCUCAGUGUAGGUGGGCAGCCUGCAAUAUUUACUCCACUCAGGAUGAAGUGGCAGCUGCUUUAGCAGAGCAAGAUUUUCCAGUGUUUGCAUGGAAGGGAGAAUCUGAGGAUGACUUCUGGUGGUGUAUUGAUCGCUGUGUAAAUGUGGAGGGCUGGGAGCCAAACAUGAUCCUUGAUGAUGGAGGAGAUAUGACACAUUGGAUAUACAAGAAAUAUCCUCACCUCUUCAAGAAAGUCAAGGGUAUUGUUGAAGAAAGUAUCACAGGCAUUCACAGACUUCAUCACCUCUCUAAAGCUGGAAAAUUAUGCGUCCCAGCCAUAAAUGUGAAUGACUCGGUCACUAAACAAAAAUUUGACAACCUCUACUGCUGCAGGGAGUCCAUCCUGGAUAGUCUUAAAAAGACAGCUGAUAUCAUGUUUGGGGGAAAGCAGGUGGCUGUAUGUGGAUACGGAGAGGUGGGAAAGGGUUGUUCUGCAGCUCUGAAAGCGAUGGGGUCUGUGGUGUAUGUAACCGAAGCUGACCCCAUCUGUGCUCUACAAGCAUGCAUGGAUGGCUUUCGACUGGUCAAACUAGGUGAUGUUGUAGGACAAGUGGACAUGGUCAUCACCUGCACAGGUAACAAAAACGUUGUUGUGAGGGAACACAUGGACCUAAUGAAGAAUGGCUGCGUUGUCUGCAAUAUGGGACGCUCCAAUACAGAAAUCGAUGUUAACAGUCUGAGAACCCCAGAGUUAGUAUGGCUACAUGUGAGAGCGCAAGUAGAUCACAUUGUUUGGCCUGAUGGCAAGAGAAUAGUACUCCUUGCAGAGGGCCGUGUUCUUAAUCUAAGCUCCUCCACUGUACCCAUAUACGUGCUUUCCAUCACAGCCACCACACAGGCUUUGGCAUUGAUUGAGCUAUUCAAUGCUCCUGAGGGCCGUUACAAGAAAGAUGUCUAUCUUCUUCCCAAGAAACUGGAUGAGUAUGUUGCAAGCCUGCAUCUUCAGACUUUUGAUGCACGCCUGACUGAGCUUACCAAUGAACAAGCCAAAUACAUGGGCUUGAGUAAAAAUGGCCCCUUCAAACCCAGUUACUACAGGUAUUAAGAUCAUGGAGAAGUCUCAAUGUAACUCAUCAUCAUUUAGAAGAAAACAGAUGGAUCUAAAGCUAUGGACAGAAAUCUUAGCGAGGAUUUCAUUCAUCCCUCUCUAUACCAACACAUGAUAUUACAGGCUUGACCAUUAAUGGUCAGCGUGUACAAAUGUAAAGUGAAAUAUAACACAUUUUACUCUU